AUGUUUGUUGUACCAAACUGUCAACCAGCUAUGGAACUUUACGGCUUGCUGGAAGUAAACUUGUGUACAAGUGAAGAGAAUUUGGAAACAAGCAAAGCACUUGAACAUCGUCUUCAAUUAUUGGGAAUAAAAAAUUCUACAAUUCAGGAGAAAUUAGGAGUAAAAACCUCUUUUGAAACAAGCGAUCUGAAUAAGCCAAUUACACCGAUCACAGAUCCAUUUGAACCGAUAAAUUUCGAGCAGAAAUUAGAAAAAAAUGAAAUGACGGAAAAGAAAUACUCAGCUCGAUUAUGGCUAUGGCAUAAAUAUUUAGCACAGCACGGUAAUUGCUCAUUGUGUGAGCGACCGCUUAAUGGAUUAAAUGAAGUCCGUGGACUUGUAAAGCAACACAUUGCCAGCUACGAUUAUUUCGUCAGUACUGAAAUCAAAAAUAUUUUACGAGCUAAUGAUAAAAUCACAAGCGAUGCGAAUCCAUCAUUUUAUUUGAAGUAUUUGGAUAUCCGUGUUGGAAUGCCAUCAAGCGAGGAAGGUUUUAAUCAAAUCAAUGACAAGAUUAGUCCGCAUGAGUGUCGUCUUCGGGAUAUGACUUAUUCGGCACCUAUUUCGGUCGAUAUUGAAUAUACUCGUGGCAGUCAACGUGUCUUAAGAAAUGGUCUUAUAAUCGGCAAGAUGCCUGUUAUGCUACGCUCCAGUAAAUGUGUCUUAAAAAAUAUGAAUUUAAAGGAAAAAUUAUUUGAAAUUGGUUUAAAAGAAAAAUGUCUUAAGAACGAAAGUGAAUUGGCACGUGUUCAAGAAUGUCCAUAUGAUCCAGGUGGUUAUUUCAUUAUACGUGGGUCAGAAAAAGUGGUUCUUAUCCAAGAACAGCUUUCAAAGAAUCGUAUCAUGAUUGGACGAAACAGCAAAAAAGAGUUGCAGUGUGAAAUACUCAGCUCCACACAGGAACGCAAAAGUAAAACCUACAUUGCUAGUAAAAAGCAACGAUAUUACGUUCGUCAUAACCAACUUUCUGAUGACGUUCCGGUAGCUAUUGUUUUUAAGGCGAUGGGAUUCGAAUCAGACCAUGAUAUCGUUUCAGCAGUUGGCUUGGAGGAGAAGUUUGUUGCUGCAAUGGCGCCAUCAAUUGAGGAAUGUGCAAGUCAUCAAAUUGUAACACAAGAAGGUGCAUUGCAGUAUAUAGCUUCAAAGGUUAAAAUGCGCAAAUUUGGUCCAGUUGCUUCUGGUACGUCAACACUACCACGUGAACACGAAGCCAUUGAUUUCUUAUCAAAUUUAAUGAUUGCACAUGUGCCAUGUCCCGAAGGAAAUAUGAAAAUGAAAGCCAUUUAUUUGGGAUUGAUGAUUAGAAGAUUAAUGCAGGCAGAAGUUGGUGACACUGAAUGUGAUGAUCGUGAUUUUUAUGGAAAUAAACGCUUGGAGUUGGCAGGCUCGUUACUUGCACUGUUAUUUGAGGAUGUUUUCAAAAGGUUCAAUUCUGAAUUGAAAAGAAUUGCUGAUAAUAGUUUGGGCAAAACGCUGGCUGCUCCACUUGAUAUAGUUAAACAUAUGCGUCAGGACCUAAUAACAAAUGCACUAGCCGAUGCUUUAGCAACUGGAAAUUGGACAAUCAAACGGUUUAAAAUGGAAAGACAAGGAGUGACUCAGGUUUUGUCGCGUCUUUCAUACAUCUCUGUGUUAGGCAUGAUGACUCGAAUCAACUCAACUUUUGAGAAAACAAGGAAAGUUUCUGGACCACGCUCCUUGCAACCGUCUCAGUGGGGAAUGUUAUGUCCAUGCGACACACCAGAAGGAGAAUCCUGCGGUCUGGUCAAGAAUUUGGCUCUCAUUAGUCAUAUUACCACAGAUAGCGACGAAAAACCUGUGAUUCGUUUGCUAUACAAUUCGGGUGUUGAAGAUGUUAAAUCUCUUCAUUUUUCUGCUAUUCAUAGUCCAGUAUAUCAUAUUGUAUUUUUAAACGGUGUAAUCGUCGGGCUGACCAUUGAUCCACAACGAAUAGUUUCAACGAUAAGAGCUGUUCGAAGACAUGGUUUGCUCAAUGAAUUCGUUUCGGUAUCCACAAAUGCUGCUCAACGAUCAGUUUAUAUAGCCAGUGAUGGUGGACGUCUUUGUCGACCUUAUAUUAUUGUAAAAAAUGGUGUACCACAAGUCAAGCAAGAGCAUAUCGAGGAGCUCAAAAAAGGAUAUCGCAUUUUCGAAGAUUUUGUAGAUGACGGUUUAAUUGAAUACUUGGAUGUGAAUGAAAUGAAUGAUGCGUCAAUUGCUGUUUAUGAAAAUCAAAUUAAGCCUAAUACAACUCAUUUAGAGAUAGAACCCUUCACACUGCUUGGUGUAUGUGCUGGCCUGAUUCCGUAUCCGCACCAUAAUCAAAGUCCAAGAAAUACGUAUCAAUGUGCCAUGGGUAAACAGGCAAUGGGUACAAUUGGAUACAAUCAGCAGAAACGUAUCGACUCACUCAUGUAUUUGCUAGUGUAUCCACAAAGACCUCUUGUUAAAACUAAGACUAUCGAAUUUUGCAACUUCGAGAAAUUGCCAGCUGGACAGAAUGCCAUUAUUGCAGUAAUGUCUUACAGUGGCUACGAUAUUGAAGAUGCGCUUGUACUAAAUAAAGCUUCUCUUGACAGAGGUUAUGGUCGUUGUCUUGUUUACAAACAUGCCAAAGCAACUGCUAGAAAAUAUCCUAAUCAAACAUUCGAUCGUCUUAUGGGACCAACUAUUGAAGCAACAACACGAAAGCCUAUCUAUAAACAUCAAGUAUUGGAUCAAGAGGGUAUCGUAUACGUUGGUGCACGCAUACAUUCCAAACAGGUAAUGAUCAAUAAGCAUAUGCCAGUUGUUAGUAUGGAAGCCGGUGCUGCAACUUCGAACAUUGACGGAUCAAAUGUUAGUGGUCAUGAGGUAGAAUACAAAGAUGUUUCCAUUGUGUAUCGUAAUCCUGUACCAUCAUAUGCAGAACGUGUCUUACUGACAUAUAACGAGGAUGAUGCUCAUCUGAUUAAAGUACUCUUGCGACAAACGAGAAGGCCUGAAUUGGGUGAUAAAUUUAGUAGCAGACAUGGACAGAAAGGUGUAUGUGGUUUGAUAGCACAACAGGAAGAUAUGCCUUUCAAUGAUCUGGGUAUGUGCCCAGAUAUGAUUAUGAACCCACAUGGCUAUCCAAGUCGUAUGACUGUUGGAAAACUGAUGGAAUUGCUGAGCGGAAAAAAUGCGAUUCUUUCUGGGAAAUUCCAUUACGGAACUGCUUUCGGUGGCGAUAAGGUUGAUAUUGUUUGCGAAGAACUAGCGGCGCGAGGAUUCAAUUAUCUUGGAAAAGAUAUGUUAAUAUCUGGCAUAACUGGCCAGCAGCUUCUUGCAUAUAUUUAUUUUGGCCCUAUUUAUUAUCAGAAGCUGAAACAUAUGGUUCUGGAUAAAAUGCAUGCGAGAGCUAGAGGACCACGAGCAGUGCUCACGCGUCAACCAACCGAAGGGAGGGCACGUGAUGGUGGUUUACGAUUGGGUGAAAUGGAGAGGGAUUGCUUGAUUGCUUAUGGCGCAAGUAUGUUGCUAAUGGAAAGGCUAAUGGUCUCAUCAGAUGAAUUCAAAGUGGAUGUUUGUUCGCAGUGUGGUUUAAUUGGUUACAAAGGCUGGUGUCAAAUGUGCCGUUCAUCCCGAACUAUGGCAACGAUUAAAAUCCCAUAUGCUUGCAAACUACUUUUCCAGGAAUUGCAGUCCAUGAAUAUCGUGCCAAAAAUCAGCUUGUCUAGGUAUACUGAUUGA